GUUUCCUCAUUUGAAGUAUAAGUUUAGUGGCACAGGUCUGUACAGUAGAUCAGCCUCGAUGUACUGAAUCACGCUGGACAUGGAGCACUUUAUUCAUCAGUGAGUCCACCACUAAAGGAAAAUAUGGAGGACAGCGUGGAUGUGAAGGCUCUGAGGGCCAGGUUCAACACCAAGCCCAUCGCCUCACCAGACACCAGCAGCAGAGACAGCGGCUCCCCAAAAUCCCCUCAACCCGGCUUUGGUAGACUUCCACUGACAGAGAGCAACCUGGCGCACCACAGACUGUCUCCCACGGUUCCUCCACCUCCACUGGCUAGCUCAGGCCAGGUGAGGUUCCCGAGGCCGGCAGAACCCAUGGCGGCAUCCAGACCUCCCCUCCCUCGACCGUCUCCCAGUCCUGGAGUCAGAGCCCCCCUCCAGCCGGCAGACCACGGCAGGGUCAAGCUGAAGGGGGAGAUGCUGCAGAACAUGAUGCUGAGGCACCAGAGGCCUCCAAUCCCCAAACCAGCCCCAGCUCACACCACCCCUCCACCUCUCCGACAGCAGCCCCGAAAGAGGAGCGCAGGGGAGGUGACCCCGCUCAGGAGGCCCCUGCCCCCUGAAGGACCCCUGCCCCUGAAACCCAAACGGCCUCCCAAUGUCAACCUGGAGCCAUUUCUGAGGCUCAACCGAGGACCCGCCCUUCCUGGUCCCAAAAAGAGUGACGCAGGUUCCCCAGGAUCAGGGGGAAGAAAGAUGUCUUUACCCGCCGUCCUCAGUCCUCCGAAACCGCCACAACGAUGCAACAAACCCAGGCUGCCGCACCAAAUGGCCUCCAUGGAGAUUGAAGAUAACCAGGACUACUAUGAUGACAUUGGAAGCUUUGAGAAGAACGAGUCCUGGAGCGACAACAGUUCACAGUGUGUGGACGAGGAAAAUGAUGACGUGUAUGAAUUCAUAGAUGAGGAUCAGGUGGAGAAAAACCGGUUGAAUAGUGAGAAGCAAAACAAAAUAGAUGAAAAGAAGCAACAAGCACAGGAGAAGAGAGAUCAGAUGGAGCGUCAGAAGAGAGAACAUGACUUGAGGAAGAACUUUCAGUUACAAGGGGAAGUGGAGGUCAUUCAUACAGCCAGAGUCAGACAUGACUGGCAUGGAGUAGGAAAACUGGACCUUAGCGUACGACAAGGAGAGAGCGUGGAGAUCCUCCGGGUGAAGAACAACCCGGGAGGCAAAUGGUUGGCUAAGUCUGUCAAUGGAAAAUACGGUUACAUCAGUAACGCAUGUGUGGAUGUUGACUAUGAAGCAGUGAAGCGCAAACUGCUCCAGUCCAGAAAGAUAGAAACAUCGCCUUUGCCUCCACCACCUCCUGAACCCCCGCUGAUGUUAAAUGUGGAUUCCACUAGCAAAGACAGCAUGCUUCCGGACGAUGACGACUAUGAUGACGUUCAACCAAUGUGUGAGGAUUUCCCGCCACCACCGCCUGAAAUCAGCUUUGAUCCUAAAGUUGGAAAGGAGCUAAGAAAGAAAUUUAAGUAUGAAGGGCCUCUUAGAGUACUCCACACCAUGAUGGUGGAUCCUAAUUGUAUCAUUAAGAAGCCAGGAGGGAAGGAUCUGCACCUGACUAAUGGAGAAGUUGUGGACAUUAUCCAGCUCACCAACAGCAAGAAAGCUCUGUGUUGUAACCGGUUUGGAAAAUAUGGUUAUGUGUCCAGAGCUCUUCUUCUUCCAAUGGAAGGAGACAUUUACGACGAUGUUGACUAUUUGUGUGACGUCUACGACAACGACUCUCCACACUGAUUAUAGAAACCUGAAAACAAAACAAACACUCACACAGUAAGAGAGAGAGAGAUUGGAGGGGAAAGAGAGAGACUAAAGAUAAUGUAAGAUAUAUAAAACGAUAUAACUAACAACAUAUACAUUUUUGACUUCACCAGUUGCAUUCAAUUAAGUAGGAUUCAAUCGAGAGGAUUUAUAUACCAAAACAUCUUAUAAAACUAUAUAAAACUAAAGGAACGGAAAAUUAGAACACACACACACACACACGCAUGCACGCACGCACGCACACACACACACACACACACAUCAAUGCAUUGUUUGCCAAACUGCUUGUAUAGAAAGUGAAUACACUAUUAAUGUAGCUUUGUGUAUUGCUCAACUCUGGGAUAAUUUAAAAAUAAAUGAAAUGUGUUUUUUACUGUUAAUUAACUGUUUUUUCAUUUGAAUAUAAGUUCUUCUUUUGAAUAAAAAAGAAAAUGCCUAGA